AUGUCAGGACCAAUUCGCAAAGGACUCACGAACAUCCUCAAGAAAGAACCUACCGAUAUCGUCAUCCUCUCCUCUCUCCGAACGCCAAUCACACGAUCCUACAAAGGUCAUCUCAAAGAUGCCUACCCUGAAGAGCUUCUCGCGACUGUUCUGAAAGCCACCCUCGCAGCGAACCCCAACCUCGAUCCCGCGUUAAUACAAGAUGUAGGCGUUGGAGUUGUUCUCUCUGAACUUGGCGGAUCGAAAGCGGGUCGAAUGGCAAUGAAUCAUAUAGGCAUACCUACAACGACAUCUUUCUACACCGUCAAUCGAGCCUGCAGUUCCGGCUUGAGUGCCAUCACGAACGUCUCGCACCAAAUCGCAACAGGCAUGAUCGACAUAGGCAUUGGAGGAGGUAUGGAGAGCAUGACACGGAAUUACGGAUCGAGGGCAAUCCCAACAGUCCUGUGGCCAGAAUUGAAAGAAAGUGAAGUCCGUGAUGCGAGGGAUUGCAUUAUGCCCAUGGGAUUGACCAGCGAAAAUGUCGCGGAAAGGUACGGUGUCAGUAGAGCUGACCAGGACGCAUUCGCAGUAAUGUCGCAUCAACGAGCUGCCAAAGCUCAAGCGGAAGGACUCUUCGACAUGGAAAUUGUACCUGUGCAUACGAGAUACCAAGAAGUUGACAAGAAGGGAGAGAAGGUAGGAGGAGAGAAGGAGGUCACAGUCACAAAAGAUGAUGGUAUCAGAACGAAUGCCAGUUUGGAAGGAAUGCAGAAACUAAAGCCGGCUUUCAAGGAGAAUGGAACGUCAACAGCAGGAAACUCGUCUCAAAUUUCUGAUGCAACGGAACUCGGAUUGACGUCCUCAAUUAUUGGGAAAUGGGCAGGGACCCAAGUUGCUGGCUGUAGGCCAGAUGAGAUGGGAAUUGGCCCCGCUAUUGCUAUCCCGAAACUUUUGGAGUAUACUGGCUUGAAGACGGAAGAUGUUGGAUUAUGGGAGAUCAAUGAAGCAUUUGCAAGUCAAGCCAUCUAUUGUUUGAGACAGCUGGGUCUUGAGAAGCAGCUCGAGGAGGCAAGAGUCAAUCCCAAAGGUGGUGCCAUUGCAUUGGGUCACCCAUUGGGAGCAACUGGUGCGAGGAUGUUGGCUGGUCUUUUGCCCGAGAUGGAAAGGCAAGGUUUGCAGACCGGAGUUGUGUCAAUGUGCAUUGGUACUGGAAUGGGCAUGGCUGGUUUGUUUGUACGAGAAUAA